AUGUCUCCCUCAUGGCUCUCUACUGCCGCCUCCAUUGGUAUGGCCGUCGGACCUCCUUUGGUCUACGCAGACCAGGCCGCCUCAAUCAUCCGUAAACGGGAUGCAACCGGCUUUUCUCGUGACGUUUGCGCUAUUUUGUUGCUGGCCAAUAUCACUCGAUGCUUCUUUUGGCUGGGAAAUCAUUUCGAACUCGCCCUUCUUUUACAAUCUGUUCUCAUGAUAUUGGCCCAGCUCGCCUUGCUUUACAUAUGUAUUCGCUACCGUCCCACAAUCAGCCCAGAAAAUUUCGGCACUUCCACCAGGCCAUUCUCAUUCUGGCAGUGGUCGACGUAUACUCAAUACAUCGAAUUCCUCGCCGGUUUUAUUUUACUAGAGGCAAUUUUAUUUCUGAUAUUAGGACGUUCAGAUCUCUUCGUGUCGCUGUUAGGUUUCGUCGCACUGGGACUUGAGAGUACUCUACCUAUACCUCAAUUAAUUAGCAAUUUCAAGCAACGGUCAUUGUAUGGCUUCCGUAUGUCAACAUUAAUUGGUUGGGCCGGAGGAGACACGUUCAAAGCUGUCUAUUUUUUCCUGCAAGAGUCACCUCUUCAGUUCAAAGUCUGUGCUAUCUUCCAGCUAUCUAUUGACUUCGGUAGGUCGUCGAUGGAAAGUCCAUAUGUCGCGUAUCUCAUGCGACCUGUAUAG